CUGUUUAUUUCAGUCUCUGCAGCAGGGACCAACACACAGACAAUUAAGUUCCGGAYGGGACCGUGGUUUCGUUUUUAAGARCAAARCACCGCGGCACAACUUCCCCUUGUGAGYUUUGUGUGCUUCAUGCUGCCCUGCAUGGGAGACCUCUGAGGGCUCAGCCCUCUCCCCUGAAAUUUCACCCUGACUGCUGGGACAAGGUCUUGGAAGAGCUYCUGAAGAGUUACUGAAGGAGAGAAUAUUUACCAGGAGUGAUUAAAGACAAUGGAUCCGGACUUUUUAAAUGCAUUUACACAGCCCUCUACACUUAAUCAGUUCCUGACUGAGGACAUCAUUGCUAAAGGUGAGAAGAGGAAACUCAUAAAACCAACCUCAAGCAGCAACCCCAAACUGGAAGAAUUAAAACUGUUCUUGAUUGAAUGGAUUAACAGAACUCUGAAAGAGGAGCACAUCGUAGUUAAAAGUCUGGAAGAAGACCUGUAUGAUGGGCUGGUACUUCAUCAUCUCCUGGAAAACUUAGGAUCUCUCAAGCUGGAUGUUGACAAGAUUGCCUUAACAGAAAAAAAACAGCGACAGAAACUCACUGUGAUUAUGGAAGCUGUGGCCAAGUGUUUGCAACUGGAAGAAAGUCAGCUGAAAUGGAGUGUGGAAUCUAUCUUGGCAAAGGACUUACUGAGCACACUGCAUCUUCUGGUUGCAAUAGCAAAGCACUUUGAACCCAGCCUGGCUCUGCCUCCMAAUGUUCAAGUGGAAACAAUCACCAUUGAGACCACCUCUGGGGGAUUAAAGACAUCAAAUGCAGUGGAGUAUAUCACAGAAAACAAAGAGAAUGUAGAAGCGCAGUCAAAAGAUGAUGCCUUUGAUGAAUUAUUUAGCUGUGCUCCAGAUAAACUGGAUGCUGUAAAAAAGGCACUUUUGCAAUUUGUCAACCAGCAUGUUGGAAAAUUAGGAUUAAAUGUGRAAGACAUCACAUCUCAGUUUUCAGAUGGAGUUAUCUUACUUCUUUUAAUUGGACAACUGGAGGGUUACUUUCUGAAUUUAAGGGAUUUCUUCCUGACUCCAGCCAGCACCACAGAGAUGCUCCACAAUGUUAACCUGGCAUUGGACUUGCUAACAGAUGGAGGUCUUCUGAAUUUUCCUGUGAACUCUGAAGAUAUUGUGAACGGAUAUGCGAAGGCUACAAUGCGGGUUCUGUAUUGCUUGUAUUCCAAAUACAAGACCAGAGAAGCAUGAAGA